CAUUUUUCAAUUGGCCUCUCCAUGUAACCUUUCUCUACAAAUCAUAUAUGUAUUACCAUUAUUGCAAUAUCUGUAUCACGUUUUGCUCAUUACUUUCUUGUAAACUAAUUCCACAUGUUAAUGGUCAUCCACCUAAACCUAACAAUUAUUAACGUUGCUAUUUUUAUAUCAUAAUAUCUGUUUCCACUAAGCCGUGGUCCUAUAUGAAGACACACUUUCUUGUAAACUAAAAUCAGAGUCCAAGAAAGAGAAGAUGGCUGAAUCUGAUGAGAAACCCAACCAAUUAGAGGAAAGCAAGAAGGAGGAGGCUGCUCCAGCUGCGGGUGAUGGAGAGAGUCAAGAAUUGGAGAGCCUAGAAAAAAUGGUGAUGGAAGAGCUUAACACUGACAAAGAUAAAGAGGCCAUUGACAAAGCCAAGACUGCCGUUGCAUCUUUGGCUCAUGGAUUCGCUCAAUCUGCAAGGGGUUUGGCCAGUAAAGUAGAGACAUGGUCCUCUGUACUACAGAAGCAAACGUCAGAUGGGACUGAGACAUUGCCUACGUCAGACAAAUAUGUUGGGGAGUCAUCAGCAUCAGACGCAAACACAGAUAAUGCUAACAAUCACGAACAAGCAUCUACUACCACGGAUGAGAAACAGCCACUUGUUGGAAUGACUUCAUGGUUGAACUGCUGUGGUUUACUUGAAGUUCUUGCAAAACCAUCGGAUAAAUAAUCAUUGGUAAUUGGCAUAUAUAAAGUUGUUUCUUUGUUUUUUCCUCAGAUUAUUAUAAUAAGCAAUUGUUGUAUUACUUACGGAAGGAAAGCACUGGUAGAAGAUUAUUGUAAAUUGGUUCUUAAUUGGAGAGGUUGCAGAGCUGAUGCUGAGUUAUCUUAGUAUAUUAGAUAACAUGUUCUUUUUCAACUACUGUACUGAAGUUGUAAUGUGCUUUUGAGUGAGGCUGUUUUUCUGUUCAUUUCUGUUUCAUGUUUAUCUUCUUAUGAUUUCGAUUGAAGAAUGAGUAUUCUGAGUUUUUGAGUACUA